AUGGGCAACGAGACGGUUGUCCCGUCCGAGAACGAGCUGAAAAACUUCAGCCCUGGCAACCCCGAUGUGGUCGAGCUCAUCCGCCAUGCGCAGGAGAGUGAUGCUGCUGAUCGCUUACUUACUGUGAGACAAGCUCUGUCAAAGUACAAAAAGGCCGUCUUCUGGGCCAUGUUCCUUUCUACCAGUUUGAUUAUGGAGGGGUAUGACCUGGUCAUUAUCACCUCUUUCUACGGCCAAUCCCAGUUCAUCGAACGAUUCGGCGAGUUCUCAGACAAGGCAGGAAAAAAGGUUAUCACAGCAGCAUGGCAGUCGGGGUUGUCGAACUCGUCCAUGGUAGGGCAGUUGACCGGGUUGCUCCUCAACGCUUACGCCCAGGACCGGUUUGGCUGUCGACCAACAAUGAUGUUUUUCAUGGCCUGGAUGGCGCUUAUGAUUUUCAUCCCGGUUUUUGCGCCUUCGCUGCCGAUCCUGGCCUGGGGUGAGGCGAUGUGCGGCGUCUCGUGGGGAGUUUUUCAGACCCUCUCGACUACGUAUGCUUCCGAAGUUGUCCCCACAGUCCUACGGCCGUACGUCACAGCCUAUGUCUGCAUGUGCUGGGGUGCUGGUAUCCUGCUGUCGUCCGGUGUAGUCCGUGCUGUCGCUGGCAUCGAAGGAGACCUAGGCUGGCGGCUACCGUUUGUUCUGCAGUGGGUGUGGCCUAUUCCCCUGUUUAUAGGAGCGUACCUGGCUCCUGAAUCGCCUUGGAAUGCCGUCCGACGGGGCAAGGUCGACCAGGCGAGAAAGAGCCUGAAACGCCUGCGACAGGACACGCCGGAAAAAGACCGAGAGAUCGAGGCGACGCUGGCGUACAUCCAGCAUACCACGAAACUGGAGCAAGCGGAGACGGAGAAUGCAAGCUUUCUGGAAUGCUUCAAGGGGACCAACCGGCGGCGAACGGAAAUUAAUUGUGUCGUCUGGGCGGCUCAAACCCUCAGCGGCAAUGCCAUCCUCGGUUACUCGGUCGUCUUUCUCGAAGCCGCUGGGUUUACCGAACUGCAAGCCUUCGAUGUCAACAUCUCCCUUUCCGCAUGCUAUAUCAUCGGCGGCGUCAUCUGCUGGCUUCUCUUCCCGCACUUCGGCCGCGCAACCAUUUACAUGAGCGGCUUGACGUUCAUGUUUGUCUGUAUGGUGAUCAUUGGUGGUCUUGGCUUCGCAGAAGGCAGCAAGGGCGCACAGCUGGCCAUUGGCAUCCUCCUGGUCAUUUGCACUCUUAUCAACAUGGUUACCGUCGGACCCGUCUGCUACCCCAUCGUUGCCGAAACACCUUCGGGGCGAUUGAGAUAUAAGACGAUUGUGAUCGGGAGAUUCGUGUACAACCUGACAGGUAUUUUCAGUAAUUCGCUUACGCCGCGCAUGAUUGCGGCCUCUGCAUGGAACUGGGGAGCAAAGACAGGUCUCUUCUACGCUGGCACCAACCUUCUCUGCAACAUCUGGUGCUGGUUCCGCCUUCCUGAGACCAAGGACCGCACCUUUGGAGAAAUUGACUUGCUCUUCCACCACCGUGUCCAUGCAAGAAAGUUCAAGUAUACUAAGGUGGACCAGUUUGCCCAUCAGCGGGAGUACAUAUCAAAGGAGGAGGAGGUAAAUAUGGGGACCGCGGAGCAUAUCGCUUAA